GGGAAGCGCCGAGGCUGCCUGACUGGAAUGAGGGUAUCUGCGGCAACUGCGGCGGCGGGAGCGGGGCCGGCCAUGGCGGUGUGGACGCGGGCCACCAAAGCGGGGCUGGUGGAGCUGCUCCUGAGGGAGCGCUGGGUCCGGGUGGUGGCCGAGCUCAGCGGGGAGAGCCUGAGCUUGACGGGCGACGCGGCGGCGGCCGAGCCCGAACCCGCCCUGGGGCCCGCAGCGGCCGCUUUCAACGGCCUCCCGAACGGCAGCGGCGCGGGCGACUCUCUGCCCGGGAGUCCGAGCCGCGGCCUGGGGCCCCCGAGCCCGCCGGCGCCGCCGCGGGGUCCCGCGAGCGAGGCGGGCGCCUCACCGCCGGUGCGCCGGGUGCGGGUGGUGAAGCAGGAGGCGGGCGGCCUGGGCAUCAGCAUCAAGGGCGGCCGCGAGAACCGGAUGCCGAUCCUCAUCUCCAAGAUCUUCCCGGGGCUGGCGGCCGACCAGAGCCGGGCGCUGCGGCUGGGCGACGCCAUCCUGUCGGUGAACGGCACCGACCUGCGCCAGGCCACCCACGACCAGGCCGUGCAGGCGCUGAAGCGCGCGGGCAAGGAGGUGCUGCUGGAGGUCAAGUUCAUCCGAGAAGUAACACCAUAUAUCAAGAAGCCAUCACUGGUAUCAGAUCUGCCAUGGGAAGGUGCAGCUCCCCAGUCACCAAGCUUUAGUGGCAGUGAAGACUCUGGUUCUCCAAAACACCAGAACAGCACCAAGGACAGGAAGGUCAUCCCUCUCAAAAUGUGCUUUGCUGCUAGAAACCUAAGCAUGCCGGAUCUGGAAAACAGAUUGAUAGAGCUGCAUUCUCCUGAUAGCAGGAACACGUUGAUCCUGCGUUGCAAGGAUACAGCCACAGCACACUCCUGGUUCGUAGCUAUCCACACCAACAUAAUGGCUCUCCUCCCACAGGUGUUGGCUGAACUCAAUGCCAUGCUUGGUGCAACCAGUACAGCAGGAGGCAGCAAGGAAGUCAAACACAUUGCCUGGCUGGCAGAACAGGCAAAACUAGAUGGUGGAAGACAACAAUGGAGACCUGUUCUGAUGGCUGUGACUGAGAAAGAUUUGCUUCUUUAUGACUGUAUGCCGUGGACAAGAGAUGCCUGGGCAUCACCAUGUCAUAGCUACCCUCUUGUUGCCACAAGGUUGGUUCAUUCUGGCUCCGGAUGUCGAUCUCCCUCACUUGGAUCUGACCUUACAUUUGCUACCAGGACAGGCUCUCGGCAGGGCAUUGAGAUGCAUCUCUUCAGGGUGGAGACACAUCGGGAUCUGUCCACCUGGACCAGAAUACUUGUUCAGGGUUGUCAUGCUGCUGCUGAGCUGAUCAAGGAAGUCUCUCUAGGCUGCACAUUAAAUGGCCAAGAGGUAAGACUCACUGUCCAUUAUGAAAAUGGGUUCACUAUCUCCAGGGAAAAUGGAGGCUCCAGUAGCAUUUUGUACCGCUACCCCUUUGAAAGGCUGAAAAUGUCCGCUGAUGAUGGCAUCAGAAAUCUCUAUCUGGAUUUUGGUGGUCCUGAGGGAGAACUGACCAUGGACCUGCACUCUUGUCCAAAGCCGAUUGUAUUUGUGUUGCACACAUUCUUGUCAGCCAAAGUCACUCGCAUGGGACUGCUUGUAUGAGCAGCAAAAAAUCAGAAAAGAGCCUUGACUGUCAGAAGAAGUAUUUCCACCUCAAAAAGGAAAAAAAAAAAGCACAAAAAGAAAGUUCUUUGCUCUCUCCUCCAGCACAGUGCCUUCCCAAGGACCUGCAAAUCACUGCUGAACCAUAACUGUGUUUAAAGAAGAGCCUACCUUUCACAAGCGACCUUGGCCAGAAAUUCCAGGACUCUAAUGAGCUCCAAAAUGAAGCUAUUGAUUUGUCUUGUUGCAUAAUGUGGUUUAUAAGUAAUUAGGUUUAUUUUUCCUGUUAAAAAGGGUGGUUCAUUGUUUUUCUUUUUGCACAUAAUCAAAUAGCCAAGAGCAGUUUCUUUUUCUUCUUCCUGUAGGAUUUGUUUCGGGCUUAGCCUGGAUCUCUUUUUUAGGAUGACUCUCCCUUCCCAGGUGCUAGCUUGCAGCAGCCCAUUGCUUUUUGUUCACUCCAGAUAGGUUGUAUGUUCUGUGGGAGCUUGCUGUCCUUGCUCCUGCUACAUCCCACCCCAGCCAUCACUUCCCACUUUAUCACAAGCUUGGCCACUCAUGAGUGCUAACUUUAGGACUGAGAACUUGCAAAAUUUGAUUUGCCUUGCCUUCCACUCCCUUUCUUGUGGUGACCAAGUUGGAAACCACUGCUUUGAAAGAAAAGUUUUGCUCCUUUUAGGUUUUUCUGAUUUUAUCUUUGGUAGGAGCCAGGUUUUAAAACCUACUUUAAAAGAAAGUCCUCAUUUUAGGCUAAGCCAUUUUUUUAUUCCUUACCAAAUGUGCCUUUGGUUAGGUUAGUGGAGCUUUAUUAGUCACUGUUUGAAUAACUGGAUAUCACUGCCAUUCCAGGGAGAUCAUCUAUUCUAGUUUUGAGGAGGGUUUCCUUAAUGAUAUCUUUUCUAGUGGGCAGAUCUCUUUGAGGAAGAAAAAUCCCAAAGAGCGAGUUUGUUUAAAGAGUGAGUUUGUUUAAACAGUAUACUUUGUGGGCAAAGCCAGCUCUUCAACAUAAACAUCAUGUCGAGUUGCUUUGGGCCGUGUGAGCCCACGCAGAAUCCUGGCCCUGGCCCUGGCCCUCUCCCUUUGUGGCAGCAAAGCAGCAUGGGUAAGCCGCUAACUCAAGACUCAGUGCUGGCUUCAUAACGCAUCCUACAGUGGGCAGGGUGAUGAGACCACGGAACAGCCACCUGCAUUUUGCUAAGCGUUGCCAGGUGUCCUCAUUAGGACACAGUAGCAGUAAGAUCGCUGAUUUUGUGGUAGUGGAGAAUCACACUCACCUUGUUUUUCCUCAUUUUUGAAGGGGGUAUAUAUCUGAAAACAUUUAAUAUAGUAUAAUAUCUAUAUAAAAUAUCAAGAUUAGCACAGUCCCUGGAUCUGAAGGAAAAGGUAACAUUGAUUCGGAUGCUCUCUUGGACUAGUUCUUGUUUACUAGAUUUUUCAGGAGUGCCAUAAGAGGAUGUGAGCACUACAGAGUGGGGAGGUGGGUGAAGAGGAAAGAAAAGAAAACCCAAUUGUGUAUGCAAAACAUGAGCUAUUUGAUUUGAGUGUGGCCUGACAGGUGUGAUGUGAAAGAAUAGACUCAUGAGCAGAGAGAGUUCUAGGUGGACAUUGUAACCCCAUUGUCCUCCCUCUGCCCAUAAGGCAGCCUUCCUUCCCCAUGUACAGUAUGCCAAGGUUGGGGAGAGAUGUCUGUUCUUCCCCCAGCUUCAAAUAAUUGUUGAAGUUCCAAAAAUGAAUUAUCUGAUCCCCUUAAAACUGGAAAUUAAAACCUAGACAAGAAUAUGUUUUUCAAGAGCUUUCUGUGUUUUGAAAAUUCAUAAACCUAAGAUUGGUUCCAUCUGAGAUAAAUUUGCAUUUCAGGGAAGAAAAAACUGUCUUGAAGGUCCAGCUAUGAUUUCUAGAAGCAGAAUUUCAACACAUAAUAAGAAAGCUUGGACAUUCAUUGCAGUUAGAGUGUUAUUAAUAUGAGAAGUUGAAUGAUGCAUUCAGACUUCAGCAGCAAGGCCAUUUAGUUGAGGUUUUCUGUGUUAAAGUGAAAGGCUAAGCCACUGAGCAGAUUUGCAGGGGAACUUCUAAGCUACCAUGCUCUUUAGUUAUAUGAAGAUCUGUAAAGUAGGUAUGAUUAAAACGUGAGCAGGAGAGGCAAGGCAUGUGUGCAUUUCAGCCUAUUUUGCUCAAGCUUAAACUGUCACGUAUAGCACUGAGGUCCAUAGGGUUUUUAAUAUCUUUUGAGUCUUGAUGUGAAAUGAAAGUGUAUGGGAGGUUUCUUUGUCCACUAGCAGCCUGAAGUGCAAGAGCCUUUAAGCUGCUUGUGUUACAUACUUUAACAGCUUUUCAAUCAUGGGUGACCAAGGUUGUUCUUCAAUUAAGUGUGUUUGUGGGGUUUUCAUACCACCCACGAAGUAUUUUUUAAUGAAUGGGACGCCUUGAUAAAUAAUGUUUUGUAUUUAGAUGCCAAAAUAUGGCAAAUUAUUUUCAAAUGAUAACUAAGAAUGGGCAUUUUUGAUAUUUCACCUCUUUUAUAGAACCAGCUAACUUUUUAUUGCCUUUUCACUUUGAAUUAGGAAAAUUGUUGAGGAUGUUGCGGGUUCCUGUGUGUAGAAUGGAAAGGGAACUGCAGAGUAGGGCCCCACCAUUCAGGUGACCUGCUUCUCAUGCCCCUUGUGGCCUGGGGCUUAGACAUCUUCUCCACCUUCCACACAGAGCCUAUAAGCAGCCAGUUGGUAUAAGAAAAGUCUUCCUUCUCUUUCCCUAAAACUUCUCUUCUUUCUCUCCAUAAAAAGAAAAAGGAAAGGAACAAAAGAAAAAGACACGUCUUCCUUGAAGUCAUCAAACGAACUUUACCUGGAAAUUAGUAUCUAAUAUUUUAUAUGAAGAAAUACUUAAAUGUAUGUUUAUGCAGUAUUUAUUAGUAGGUUGUAAUUGUAAGUUCACCUACCUAGUAGACAGAGUUGAAUAUUGGGACAUGUACAGGCAAUCAAAAAUAGUACUUUUAAUGUCAUUCACUUAUUUUAAAGCCAUGUUUUAGCACUUUUUAGGCUAGGGAAAGUCUGAUAGUGCCUGUUAUCUGUACUCUUACAAACUUUGUCACUGAAAAUUAUUGCAUGGCAGGAGAGAUUGAAUUAUUUAUUUCUUAUAUUUUUGUAAGUAGAAAAAUCUCUCUAACCAACAGAUGGCUAACAUUUUUACUGAUUGUUUUCUUAAUUUACCCUCCUAAGCAGAAUGGUAACUAAGCUUUUUUCAGCUGAUUAAAUGCAUUUAGCUGAUGAACCAAAUUUAUUAUUGAAAAAAAUUGAGCUGUGUGGAAUCUGGACAAGAUUAUGUUUCUCUCAGAAACAGGUUUUGCUGUAAAUGGUUUUGAUGGACAAAAGUGUGAGAAAAGGUUAUGAUGUUUUUUUUACAAUUUGUGAGAAACUCCAGGUCUUCUUAUUUAACUUAUAUGCAUGUAGAUAUAUUUUGUUUGUUUUCAAAACCAUGGAAGAACCUGUUUAUAUUUUUUAAUGCAAAUUAUCUUGUAAGCUGCUAUGCAAAUUCUAUUAAAAGCCCUACCUGCUUAAAGAGUUAAACAUUUUUGAAACUUUCAGGGAAGACCUGUAGACUCAAGCACUUUCUCUCCUUUUUGUAUCUUAUCUUGGACACUUAUGCUGAAUUAUUUUCUUAUUAUUUUCACUGGUUAUAAGCUAUAGAUUGUACAUAAUGUUUAAACUAUCCAAAUAUCCAGCAUACAUUUCCACAUGGCUGCCAUUGGUAUUGAUGCCAUAAAUGAAUGGCUGGUGAGAAAGCCAAAGGUCUUCUUUUUCAAUCCCUAAUGAAGAAAAGUAAACUGCCAGAUCUCUUUGGUCUCAAAGCAAAUUGCCGUGGUCAGAUCUGAAUAUCUAUGUAUGAAAAAAGAGAUUGGGAUUCUGCUUAAACUUUAAGUUGAAUUUGUCUAUAUCAUAUUCAUUCUUUUUAUAUAUAUAUCAGGUAUGAUAGAGUACAGUUUGAGUUUGGAAAUCACUUUCAGUUAAAUUUUGAUUGUUAUUGGGGCUUUUCUUUUUCCCUCUGAAGAUGAAAGUGGAGGAAUCUGCCGUUUCCUACCAUUCUCUCUUUGUGCCCUUAUUUUAAUUGCUUGGUAAUCGAGAAUUAUUUUGACUUUCCACAUACUAUCUUUAAAAACUGAUCAUAGUAGUCCAUUCCCACCCCCUUUUAAAAGUUAUGUCUUUCACUGUGCUGGGUACAUGGACACUUGAUAAAUGUGUGUUGAUCAACAGUUCUAAAAUAAUUAUGCUGUAUACCAAAAUUAUGUAUUUUUGAGCAAUAUAGUUAUUCCUAUGUUGUAAUGAUGUUAAGUGGAAUUUAUUUUAUGCUAGUAAUAUGUAGACUGCUUAAGUGGCUGAUUUGAAACCCUUUCUCUAAAAAAACCCAAACAUCUGGCAGGGAUCAGUGAUACAAGUUCAUUCUGUUAAAGGAUAGAAUUUCAAGUUAAGGGUAAUGUACAAUAAAUAGGCACAUAGAGCACAUCUGUUUUCUUGUCUCUUUUUGACACUAGCUAAACUGCCAACUAGAAGAAUGGUUGUUCCGUGAUAACUAGAAAGAGUAUUUUAACAAAAUUUCUUCUUUUGUUUCAAAACAUAAACUUGCCACCUUUAUUCUUCCUUCCCUGUUUGGGAAACUGAACUAAACCCACAUCUAAUA